UCAGAAUCAAUUUUCUCGUGUUCUUUUAUUCGUUGGACACACGUGAACAUGGUUCCGCCAGCAAAGAAAACUAAAGGCCCGAUUAAGAAGCAGGUGCUUCGGGGCAAGGGACAGAAGAAAAAGGUAUCCGUGAGGUUCACGAUCGAUUGCACGCAUCCCGUGGAAGAUAAUAUUAUGGAUGUUAACAAUUUUGAAAAAUAUUUACAAGAAAAAAUCAAGGUUGGUGGGAAAACUAAUAACUUUGGCAACAAUGUUGCCUUGGAACGCAAUAAAAUGAAACUCACUGUCAACAGUGAUGUCGAUUUCUCAAAACGAUAUCUCAAGUAUUUGACAAAGAAAUACUUGAAGAAGAAUAAAUUGCGUGAUUGGUUGCGAGUAGUAUCGAAAGACAAGGAAACGUAUGAGUUACGAUACUUCCAGAUUAACAGUCAAGAAGAUGAUGAUGAGGAAGAUGUGGAAUAAUUCUUUUUAUUCUUUUAAUUGCAGAUGCUGUAUAUAUUUCUUUUAAUAAAGAACACUAAAAUUUGA